UUUAAAGAGCUCUAAACGCAGUGCGACUUUCUCCUGAACUCCCUCACUUUCAUCUUUCUGCAGGCAUCAUAAAGAAAAGCCACCAUGAGUGGUGUCGUCGUUAAGAACAUGUCCUUUAAACCAGGACAAACUCUGACCGUAACUGGAGUCCCAGAUCCCAAUUCCACCAACUUUGCUAUAAACAUUGGAACCAGUCCUGAUGAACUCGCUCUGCACAUGAACCCUCGCUUCGACGCUCAUGGAGAUAACCGUGUUGUGGUGUGUAACUCGUACCAGGGGGGCAGCUGGUGCCAGGAGUUCAGACCAGAUGGCUUUCCCUUUAAUCAGGGCGAGGAGUUUAAGAUAUGGAUCACCUUCACUCGUGAGGAGUUUAAGAUCGUUCUGCCAGACCAGUCAGCGUUCAGCUUCCCAAACCGCCCCGGUGCUGAAAAGUACAACUACAUGCACUUCGAAGGUGAGGUGCGAAUCAAUGGCAUUGAGAUCAAGUAGUGGAUUUCUUCGAUGAUGCUGGAACGCAUCUACACUCGCUUUCCUCCGCCGUCCACAUCCCUGUGGUUCUCUGCAACUCAACCCUUUAAAAGGAACCUCUGAGAACAAACCUGUUUAUUUCUCAAGAGGGACUGAUCACAGAAUGAAAUGAUCAUGCGCUUGUUUACAGCAAAAUCUUUUUCUUGUGUUAACAUCAUUCCAAAACAAGCCCAUGCGAUUUCAGUGAAACCCUUUUGUAGCUGAAACCAAAUUAAAAGUUCUUUGACAUCA